CAUGCUCAAGUGCAUCCCGCUGUGGCGCUGCAACCGGCACGUGGAGUCGGUGGACAAGCGGCACUGCUCACUGCAGGCAGUGCCCGAAGAGAUCUAUCGCUACAGCCGCAGCCUAGAGGAGCUGCUUCUCGACGCCAACCAGCUGCGCGAGCUGCCCAAGCCCUUCUUCCGGCUGCUAAACUUGCGCAAGCUGGGCCUGAGUGACAACGAGAUCCAGCGGUUGCCUCCUGAGGUGGCCAACUUCAUGCAACUGGUGGAGCUGGACGUGUCCCGGAACGACAUCCCUGAGAUACCUGAGAGCAUCAAGUUCUGCAAGGCUCUGGAAAUUGCAGACUUCAGUGGAAAUCCCUUGUCCAGACUUCCUGAAGGCUUCACUCAGCUGCGCAGCUUGGCUCACUUGGCCCUCAAUGAUGUGUCCCUGCAGGCGCUGCCCGGGGAUGUGGGCAACCUUGCCAACCUGGUGACCCUGGAGCUCCGGGAGAACCUGCUUAAGUCUCUGCCUGCGUCCUUGUCUUUUCUGGUCAAGCUGGAACAGCUGGAUCUGGGAGGCAACGAUCUAGAAGUACUGCCCGACACCCUGGGGGCACUGCCCAAUCUUCGGGAACUAUGGCUGGACCGUAACCAGCUGUCAGCACUGCCACCUGAGCUCGGGAACCUUCGGCGCCUGGUGUGUCUGGACGUGUCAGAGAACCGCCUGGAAGAGCUGCCUGUGGAACUUGGCGGACUAGUGCUGCUUACUGACCUGCUACUCUCCCAGAAUCUGCUGCGGCGACUGCCUGAUGGCAUUGGUCAGCUGAAGCAGCUGUCUAUUCUGAAGGUAGACCAAAACCGGCUGUGUGAGGUGACUGAAUCCAUCGGAGACUGUGAAAACCUUUCUGAACUGAUCCUCACAGAGAACCUGCUGACAGCCUUACCCCACUCCUUGGGAAAGCUGACAAAGCUGACCAACCUCAAUGUGGACCGGAACCACCUCGAGGUGCUGCCACCUGAGAUUGGGGGCUGUGCGGCACUCAGUGUUCUCUCCUUGAGGGACAACCGCCUGGCCAUCCUGCCACCUGAGCUCGCCCACACAGCCGAACUGCACGUGCUGGACGUAGCUGGGAACCGGCUACAGAGUCUGCCGUUCGCACUCACCCACCUCAACCUCAAGGCCCUGUGGCUGGCAGAGAACCAGGCGCAACCCAUGCUCCGAUUUCAGACUGAGGAUGAUGCCCUGACAGGCGAGAAGGUGCUCACUUGCUAUCUGCUGCCCCAGCAGCCCCUCCCUAGCCUCGAGGACCCUGGGCAGCAGGGGAGCCCCACUGAGAGCUGGAGUGACGCCCCCCUGAGCCGUGUCAGCGUCAUCCAAUUCCUAGAGGCCCCUACAGGCGAUGAAGAUGCUGAGGAUGCUGCUGCCGAGAAGCGGGGCCUACAGCGCCGGGCCACACCUCACCCCAGUGAGCUCAAGGUGAUGAAAAGGAGCAUUGAAGGACGUCGGAGUGAGGCCUAUCCUUGCAAGCCAGACCCUGGGUUGCCCUUGACCUUGGAGGAGGAGAAGAGGUUAAGCGCCGAAUCUGGCCUGAGUGAAGACUCUCGCCCAUCCGCCAGCACAGUCUCUGAGGGUGAGCCCGAGGGCCUGGUGACUGAAGCACAGGGGCUGAGCCAGCAGGAAGCCAUGCCGGCUGGCCAGGAGGAAGACACAGAGGAAGACUAUGAGGAGCCCACAGUGCACUUCGCAGAAGACACAUUGCUGCCUGGGGAAGACAAAGAGAGUGUGGAAGGGCAGCUUGAGGCCCCCUGGGCCCUGCCAGGUGGGCGGCAGCGGCUCAUCCGUAAGGACACACCCCACUACAAGAAGCACUUCAAGAUCUCCAAGCUUCCCCAACCCGAGGCAGUUGUGGCCCUGCUACAGGGGAUGCAACCAGAUGGGGAGGGCCCUGUGGCACCUGGGGGCUGGCACAACGGCCCCCAUGCGCCCUGGGCUCCUCGGGCCCAGGAGGAAGAGGAGGAGGAAGACAGGGCUGAGGAAGAAGAGGAAGAAGACAGGGCUGAAGAGGAAGGAGAGGCCACCACCGAGGAAGAGGACAAAGAGGAGGCCGUGGCUUCUGUGCCCUCUGUUAAGGGGGUGUCGUUUGACCAGGCCAAUAACCUGCUGAUAGAGCCUGCUCGCAUUGAGGAGGAAGAGCUGACCCUCACCAUCAUGCGGCAGACAGGGGGCCUGGGCAUCAGCAUCGCAGGGGGCAAGGGCUCCACCCCCUACAAGGGGGACGAUGAGGGAAUAUUCAUCUCUCGAGUGUCUGAGGAAGGCCCUGCGGCCCGGGCUGGAGUCCGAGUGGGUGACAAGCUCCUCGAGGUGAACGGUGUGGCCUUGCAGGACGCUGAGCACCACGAGGCUGUGGAGGCACUCCGGGGGGCAGGUGCCACCGUGCAGAUGCGAGUAUGGCGGGAACGUAUGGUGGAGCCUGAGAAUGCUGUCACUAUCACACCUCUGCGACCUGAGGAUGACUACAGUCCCCGGGAGCGGCGCGGGGGGGGCCUGCGCCUGCCCCUACUCCAGCCAGAGACCCCUGGACCCCUCCGGCAGCGUCAUGUGGCCUGUCUGGUGCGCAGCGAGAAAGGGCUGGGCUUUAGCAUUGCUGGUGGAAAAGGCUCCACGCCUUACCGGGCUGGUGACACGGGUAUCUUCAUUUCCCGGAUCGCCGAAGGGGGUGCUGCCCACCGAGCAGGCACACUGCAGGUUGGCGACCGUGUCCUCUCGAUCAACGGAGUAGAUGUCACUGAGGCCCGGCAUGACCACGCUGUCUCCCUGCUGACUGCUGCUUCCCCCACCAUCGCCCUGCUGCUGGAGCGGGAAGCUGGGGCGCCUCUUCCCUCGAGCCCUCCACCACAUUCUUCUCCACCUGCCACCACUGCCACCAUCACCACCACUGUAACCACUGCCAUCCCCGGAGAGCCUGGGCUGCCACGGCUGGCCCCUAGUCUUCUGGCUGCUGCCUUGGAGGGGCCAUACCCAGUGGAGGAGGUCCGCCUGCCGAGAGCUGGGGGCCCAUUGGGACUCAGCAUUGUCGGAGGCUCUGACCACUCCAGCCACCCGUUUGGUAUCCAGGAACCUGGUGUGUUCAUCUCCAAGGUGCUCCCGCGGGGCCUGGCUGCUCGCAGUGGCCUGCGGGUUGGGGACCGCAUCCUGGCAGUGAAUGGGCAGGACGUAAGGGAGGCCACACACCAAGAGGCGGUCAGUGCCCUGCUCCGGCCUUGCCUGGAGCUGUCCCUGCUCGUGAGGAGAGACCCACCGCCUCCAGGCAUGCGAGAGCUCUGCAUCCAGAAGGCCCCUGGGGAGAAGCUGGGCAUUAGCAUCCGCGGGGGUGCUAAGGGCCACGCUGGGAACCCCUGUGACCCCACGGAUGAGGGUAUCUUUAUCUCUAAGGUGAGCCCCACAGGGGCAGCCGGGCGUGAUGGCCGGCUGCGUGUGGGGCUGCGGUUGCUGGAGGUGAACCAGCAGAGUCUGCUGGGCCUGACGCAUGGGGAAGCUGUGCAGCUGCUUCGUAGUGUGGGUGACACCCUCACCGUGCUUGUCUGCGAUGGCUUCGACACUAGUGCCACUGUAGCCCUGGAGGUGUCCCCAGGUAUCAUUGCCAACCCCUUUGCAGCAGGCAUCGGCCACCGGAACAGUCUAGAAAGCAUCUCUUCCAUCGACCGGGAGCUGAGUCCCGAGGGCCCAGGCAAGGAGAAGGAGCUGCCUGCACAGACCCCGCAUUGGGGGCCUGAGGCCAUGGAGGCCACGGGUCGGAGUUUGGAGCCCCUGAAGCUGGACUACCGUGCCCUGGCUGCAGUGCCCAGCGCUGGCAGUAUGCAAAGGGUACUGUCUGGGACAGCUGGAGGGAAGAUGAUUGAGGCUCCCUGCUCCCCCAAUGGCCAGCAGCUACCCUCCCCACCCUCCCCGGAUGAGCUGCCCACCAACGUGAAGCAGGCCUACCGGGCCUUCGCUGCCGUGCCCACUACACACCCUCCAGAGGAUGCUCCAACCCAGCCCCCAACGCCUGGACCCGCCGCCUCCCCAGAGCAGUUGUCCUUCCGUGAGAGGCAGAAGUACUUUGAGCUGGAGGUGCGGGUGCCCCAGGCCGAGGGCCCCCCAAAGCGUGUGUCCCUGGUGGGUGCUGAUGACCUGCGGAAGAUGCAGGAGGAGGAAGCCCGCAAGCUGCAGCAGAAGAGAGCACAGAUGCUGCGAGAGGAGGCAGGGGCCGAAGCGAGGCUCGCCCUGGAUGGGGAGGCCCCAGAAGAGGAGGAAGAGCAGGAGGAAGAGCCGCCUUGGACCAGCCCAAGCCCUGCUGGAGGGCACAGCCCAGCGCCCCCUCCACCCCUGGGAGGUGGCGCUCCAGUGCGGACAGCCAAAGCUGAGCGACGCCACCAGGAACGACUACGCAUGCAGAGCCCAGAGCUACCGGUGCCGGAACGGGCCUUGUCCCCUGCUGAGCGUCGGGCCUUGGAGGCUGAAAAGCGGGCACUGUGGAGGGCGGCCAGGAUGAAAUCCUUGGAGCAGGAUGCCCUCCGAGCACAGAUGGUCCUCAGCAAGUCCCAGGAUGGCCGGAGCAAGCGUGGGCCCCUGGAGCGGCUGGCCGAGGCCCCUUCUCCUGCACCCACCCCAUCGCCCACACCUGUGGAAGACCUCGGCCCCCAGAUCAACACCUCCCCGGGACGCCUGCCCUUGUCUGGAAAGAAGUUUGACUACAGGGCAUUUGCAGCCCUGCCUUCUUCCAGACCUGUCUAUGACAUCCAGUCGCCGGACUUUGCUGAGGAGCUGAGGUCCCUGGAACCAUCUCCCAGCCCUGGCCCACAGGAGGAGGAUGGAGAGGUGGCCCUGGUGCUUCUGGGCAGGCCCUCACCUAGCGCCGUAGGCCCCGAAGACAUGACGCUGUGCAGCAGCCGCCGCCCUGUGAGGCCAGGGCGCCGUGGCCUGGGACCUGUUCCCUCCUAGAGGGGCAGGGUGCCUCCUCCCCUGACUUGGGGCGGGGGCCCUGCCAGCUCCAACAUCACCCUUGCCCUGAAUCUUUUAAUCUGGGUGUUAGCAUUUUAAAGAGAUCCUUCAGGAGUUCUGGCCUCUGACUAACUGCCCCCACCCCCAGCCAAGACCUCUUGGCGAGACUGUAACUAGUGAUGUUUGUACAACCAAAGACUCUAUUUUGUGGUUUAAGGAGAAUAAAGUUGACUACAUUUUA